UGCACACUCUGAAUGCCCUCUCUCCAGUUGUUCUCGUGAAGGCACUGCAAUGAAAUAGGGAGGCCAUACAACCGUGUGUUGUAUGCCUGCGAACUAUCUGAGCUGAGCAAUAGCCGCAUAGAUUCGCUUCUUCGGUAAAAACUACAUACUGGCAGCCAGUCGGUAUCGUACUGUACAUUAUACUGUGUUGCAUGCAUGCUCCCAUGUUGUAGACUAAAGUAAUAGAACUAGGCGAUGGCCAAUGCCAGGCGUUCGUUAUAUGCCCUGUUCAUAGACUGUUGAAACACACAGUCAAGGGGUAGAUUUCCAAAGCUUGUUUUCUGGAUCAACAAAGUUGGAGACGAUACCGAUGGAAAAAUGAGAUUGCUCCGGUUCGUCUGACAAGCUGGAAACCUGGUGUGGCGUUCGAAUCCGUCCCCGGAGCUGAAAUUGUGGUAUUUUCUUGUGGAUAUAUCAUUUUUCGUCGCUUGGACCGUUAUAUUAUUGGAUGAUGAGGUUGGGGAAUUGCCUGGAUACAUGAUUUUAGGCUCUUGGAGAUGUUUAAAAGGGGAUGACAAUUUUAUUGCGGUGAAAGUCGGAGAAAACAUUCACUACCACGCUCUGUAGAUAGUGCCAUCAGAAGCUGUGCAUUAUGGGAAAUUGCCUGGGUACCCACUGCACCAGCCAACCAUCCACAGAGGACAAGGAUCCCCCACCCUUUGACAAACAGCCCGCCAACGCCCCCCUCCAGGAGAUCGCCCCGCCGUCAUCAGAACCCUGCCCACCGGUCAGGCAAGAAGUGGCCGUGCCUGUGGCCCAACCGUCGCCGUCGCCAGGGAAACCGCCUCCAGACAAGUCGUCUUCGUCCCACCCGAACUUACUGCUCUACGAUGACGAAGUCCGCAACAUGCUCCUCGGGAGGAUAUCGGUGGUCAAAUGCAAAGUCAAACCGAUGAUGAUCCGCAUCUACGUCAGUGCAUCGCAUGAUGACUCUGAAGUGGAGCGGAGUGCACUGAUGGAGAAGAUCUACCCCGGGCUGAGGGAGUACUGCGCUAGCAAGGGUUACGAGUUUGAUGUCGUCGAUCUCCACUGGGGCAUCUGGGAUUCCAGGAUACGAGACGAGAGAUUCUUAGACCAGUGCUUCAAUGAGAUCAGGAACUGCCAAAACCUUUCAACCGGACCCAACUUCAUUUCUUUCCUGAAUCAGAAGUAUGAGAGAUGCACGGCCCCAUUCCGGAUCCUAGCAUCGGCCUACGAACGUCUUUUGAAGAAGGUUGACGUAGAAGACGACAAGGCCGUUCUCUCCCGAUGCUACCAGCUGGACUCUAAUGCCACGCCCCCGGUCUAUGUCUACCAGGAUGCGGAGGGGGGCAGGGAGACCCAGGAGAAGGUGCACAAGAUUCUGAGCAGCUGCUGGGGCAAGGAGGAGAAGGAGAUGUACAUGGCAUCAAUGCUGGAGAUGGAGGUAGAGAAAGGAGUCUUCAGCCCUGAGAGUUCAAGCGAUAGCAUCAUGUGGGCGCAUCGAGUCUUCAAGGGCAUGGAUACCAAUGACUCGUCAGCAUCCAAUUACCUUGAUCUGGUGCAGACAGAGGACGGUAGAGAAAUCGAUAACGAGUCCUCGGAGCAGCUUGCCCAGCUGACCAAGCGUCUCCACACCAAGGUCAACGAGGGUAACUACAUGCCCUUUGAGGUCAACUGGGGUCCCAAGGGGCUGGAUCCUGAUGGUGUCUCCACCCAUUCUCAGUACCUGGAGAACUUCUGCUCCCAGGUCCACACCGUGGUCAAGGAGCUCAUCGACCGGGCCAUCGCUGAGAGGCAGGAGGAGGUCAAAGCCACACGAAUUCAUCGUCGUCUGCACGCAGAGCUCCAGCAGCACACCGUCCUCUGCCAGAAGCACGUGGAAACAUUCCAGGGAUGUAGCGCCCUCACGAGCCAGAUCAGCAGCUACCUGAGCAGCGAGGACAACGUCCCUCUGGUCCUGCACGGCUGCACGGGCUGCGGCAAGUCUGCCCUCGCGGCCAUGACGGCCAAGAUGGCCGAGCAGGUCCUGCCCAACAGCGCCUGCGUGCUCAGGUUCGUAGGGUCGUCUCCGGAGUCGUCCACCCCCAACCAGGUCUUCAGGAGCGUGUGUGAACAGAUCGCAUACCUGUACGGAGAGCAUAUAUCCAUCGGAGCAAGGGGUCUCAAGAGGCUUCAUAAAGACCUUGCCCAGCUGCUGAAGAAGGUGACCGCACAGCGCCCUCUAGUGGUGGUGAUUGACGGCUUGGAUCAGUUCAGUGACAACGAAGCAGAAGCUCUCAGUGCUAUCCCCAAGACCCUGGCACCGUCGGUCAAGAUGGUGCUGACCACCAGGGGCAAGGACUCUGAAGGCUUCACCAAACUUCAGAAUCAUCUGAAGGAUAGUGCCCAAUUCAUUGAGAUACCUCCACUAGCCAACGAUGAAGCUGCCAAACUAAGCGAAUCACUUCUCAAGAGUCAUCGAAGAACACUGUCAGAUGAUCAGUACAGCAUGUUACAGGAUGCCAUAGCUGCCUGCCCGCACCCCCUCUACAUCAGGCUAGCAUGCCAAGCAGCUUGUACAUGGCACAGCUACGACCCACCGUCGGCUACAAAGCUGGGUGAGGAUGUGUUGUCGCAAUUUGGAAUGCAUCUUGAAACAAUGGAGAAGCGUUAUGGCAAGAUGGCCGUCGCCCGGUCCCUCGGCUACAUGACGAUAGCCAGGGACGGCCUCUCCGAUGCGGAGAUGAACGAUAUACUGUCGUGUGAUGAGGCUGUGUUGAAUGAACUAUAUGCACAGAGGACACAAGUGUUGAGACGGGUGCCAAGUUUAUUAUGGGUAGCGCUCUGUCAAGAGCUGGGUCCGUCUUUACAGGAGUGUGACGUUAACGGACGGUACUUAAGAAGUUGGGGUCACUCUUGUUUUAGGGAAGUGGUAACCAAGCAAUAUUUAUCCAAUGAUAAAGAUCGAGUGCAGCUUCAUAUGACCAUCCAAGACUACUUCCAGGAUAAAUGGGCAAAGGGCAAGAAGAAGCCUUACGUGGGUGAGGGUGGAAUUGAAAUGGUCAUGGACAGGCUUGUGUUGACCCAGCCCAACGAGUUUGGCAAACUGGACAAUCUACGGAAGUUCAGAGAAGUCAGCUACCAUGUAUUCCACACUGGAGACAAGAAAUUUGUGGACAAGUAUGUAUGGGACAUUGACUGGCUGGUGAAAAAACUAACCUGUUGUGAUGUGUACGAUGUACUAGAGGAUGUGCGGUUGGCACAGACGAGAGAUCCAUCAAGUCAGGACCUACAACUGAUGGAAGAGUUCCUGCAGCUGUCUGCAUAUGCGUUGUCAUGCUCAGGUUCGCAGCUUUUCACUCAGCUCAUGCAGAGACUGGACAAAUCCAUUGAAAAGAAUAAGAGUAAGCAUCCCCACAUGAGUAAGCUGCUCCAAGUUGCCAACAACCCCUCUCACAUUAGUUUCUUUCCCUCCACGUCGUGUCUCCUCAAGGUCAGUGAUGCCAAGGAUGACGCCCUGGAUGAAGAAGACAGCGAGAAGUCCAAGGAACCCUCGCUGACCCAGCUCUUCAAGGUCAAGUCCCAACCAUGGUAUAUGGUGUCCGUGUCCCCAGAAGAAGGGGAGGUGAUCGUAUGGGAUGUGGUCACCCAGAAACCUGUCAGAACGUUGAAGGGUCUUGACAGGCCCCGCGAUAUCUGCUUCAUCGAAGCUCACCGCAUCGUUGUCUUGUGCAAUCGAGAGCUCAAGAUAUAUAACCUUGACACAGGAAACUUUGAGACCAAGCUCUUGGGCAUCAUGAAUCAGAAGAUGCCUUUCUUCGCUCUGCAUGACAAGGACCACGUGGUGGCGCUCUCCCGAAACCGCAUGUAUGUCAAUAUCAUCAACGUCGCGACCGGAUCUAUCAGUAUCACCUUCAAGGCUGGUGAGGAUAGGUUCCUGAACAGCCUGUUGGUCAGUGCCAACGGUCAGAGGUGCGUCUGUGGAGAUGAGACCCAGAAGCCUAGUCCUCUGUUGGUUUGGGAUCUCAAUGCCAGGAAACUCAUCCAUGACUUCAGGAUCCAGCAGCAUGAGUUUGUGACCCGAAUGGCAGCCAUCUCUAAUGAUGGUCACUAUGUCGUCUCCGUCAUCAAGGAGUUGGAAGACCCAACACGUAACUUUGUCAUCGUGUAUGACCUCCAGAGCGGUCAGCUCUUUAAGAAAUGGAAACCACCGGUCAACACGACCUGUGUGGCCAUCUCUUCUGAGGGAAUGUGUGUGGUCAACGGAUGUGAGGACUCUACCAUUCUGGUCUGGGACCUGGCUUCAGGGUCAAUGAAGUACUCUUUGGAGGGACACACCCAUCCGGUAGAUAGGCUUUACCUCUCAGACAAUGGAACAGUCUGCCUCACAUAUGAUUCCACACAUCAGGACCGUACCAUCAGAGCCUGGGAUCUCCAAAAAGGCAUGUGUCUGGCUGCCUUCACACCGGACAAGCCAAUCAGCUGCUGCCAGAUAUCUGCAGAUGGUACGUGCGCCGUGAUUGGCCUGCAGGGAGAGAGGGAGAUCGUGUCUCUGUGGAUACGCUCAAAAGGCUCGGCUCCGAUACCCAAGGAUGCAGGAGCCUUUGGCGACCCCGCCCGCAAGGGGGAGGAAUUUGAUGUCAAUGUCCCGCAGAGUUAAUGAGACUAGAAACCUAUAGGUCGUAGAUAUUGAUCGAAGUAUGCAGCGUUAGGAACUUGAAGCUGGAAGAAGACGGGACAGUUAGAACAUUGAUGAAAACAUCUUGUCUCCAAUUUCACUAUGGGAAUGGUAUUCCUUUUUUGAAAUUUCUUCACUGCAAUUUCAUUAUCAAAAUUUCGUUAUUGGAAUUUCAUGAUUGAAAUAUCAUAAUUUGAAAUUUAUUGAUUUUGGGGAUACAAAUUUCAUUAUUUGAAUUUCAUUAUUUAAAAUUCAUCAUUGAAAUUCAUUAUUUGAAUUUCAUCAUUGAAUUUCAGAAUUUGAAAUUCAUUAUUUGAAUUUCAUCAUUGAAUUUCAUUAUUGGACUUUCAUUAUUUGAAUUUCAUUAUUGGACUUUCAUUAUUUGAAUUUCAAAUUGGAGUUUCAUUAUUGGAAUGAUAUUUUGCGACGUCAAUAAUCUCAAAAACAUCAGCUUUUGUCAUUGACGGACUACUGUUGCCACCCAGCAUUUAAUGCAUUUUUAGGUGAAAGGAAUGUUGUGUAGAGAAUGAAGUGAGUGAAUCAGGGGUUUUGGCACUCUUUAGGUGAGGCAUAACUAGAACAGUAGAUAUGUGAACCUUUAACAAGAAAGAGAGAGACGUGAAGAAAAAGAAGCCACAGCUGUGUGAACAUGUAAAGUGGACAUUCAAAUAAUGUUUAUGUUUAUGUAAGAAUUUUGCAACGAAACUGCCAAAUGUAUAAGAUCUUAAUCAUAGGACAAUAAUCAUGGAUGGUUAAAUACUAAGGAUUAUAAAAGCAAACAAUUAAGUUUUAUCUCUUUUGCAAAGAAAUAAAUCUGAAUUUUGAUAUAUUUAUCAUAUAAAGCCGAUCAUGACAGGUUGUAAUUGAUAAUCAUGGGUUUAAGAAGCCUGGUAACUGUGUCCGGCAAUUACUGAGACAUACAUGGAAAUGUGUAUUACAUUAAUGUCCUCAUGGUUGUUAUCAUAGCGAUAUGUUACGAUCAUUUGUGAAAAAUAAAAUCAUUGUGAAGAUAUAGUUAAACAUAGAUUAUGUCUUAUUCCAUCCAAGAAAUUAACUUGUUUAGAUGGUCAGUCUUCAUUUAUAAGGACAGUUUGUAAGCCUUCAAAGGCAUAUAUCUUGGUCAUCAUUAUUCUUUUCAUCAACAUCAUUACAUUAUUUUAUAACAGUUACAGAUCUUACUGGUCUGAUUGUUGCAAAUGAAGAAAAGGGGGCUUGAAUUAAAUUGGUGAUACAGGCAAACCUGCUUUAGUGACCCCCUGUCUAUAAAGACCACUUUUUGUGUUUUUCCCUUGGGCGGUCACUAUAGACAGGUUUGACUGUAUAUCAUAUGAAAGGAGGUUGAAGCAAAGACUGCUACAUAUUGUACGUUUGGUAAGCGGAUGUUAACAUCAGAAGCUUCAUUAAAAAGAGCUCCUUUUUUAUAUAUAUCCAGAAACUUUUGAGUAAAGUUGGUUUAUGCCAUCAAUUGAAUUCAUACCUAGGUGAGAUGUGUAUUGGAACAAGAUGACGAUAAGAAAACAAAAACAGGAAGAUGAAUCUAAGACACACAUGGAAACUGAACUUGCAGGGUAUUAAAUAAAGUCAUGGAUUCUCUCUGAUUGUACAUAUUUCUGUGUGGUAGUCUUGACAAUGACUUUGUUGUCAAUGACCUUGACAACGACCUCGUCAUGACCUUGUCAAGUAUGUUGUUAUUACUUGCAUUGUUUAAAUGACGUAUGUUACAUGUGUGUGCGUGUCGCGGCUUUCUGCCAGUGCUCAACCCCCAUUCUCUUGUUGACCUGUAUACUUUGCACAAAUAAUUAUUAGAGGGUGGACAGAGGGAGGGAGAGAGAGAGAGAGAUAUAUAACAAAUAAUAAUAACCUUAAUAUCUUAACAUAAUGUCAACACAGUGUGAUAUCAUCUUGAGUAGACUUCAAGAGUUUUAAGGCAGCUUUGUCUACAAAAAAGGUCACAUUUAUUCUUUGAUACUUUUGGUAAAUAGGACCUAAAAUUGUGCUGGAUAAAAUGUAGAACAAGCUCAAAGCGUUUUUUGUAAUAGGUUUUGGUAUGUGGAGGUUCUCAGUCAGUUGCGUUGCUAUAAGUAGUAUUUAGAAUAGUUCCAUAAACAAAUGGGCAUUAUACGCAGUCUCACCAUGCGAUUGUAACCGCUAAAUUUGUGGCAUUUUAAAGCUAUCGCAAAACCUCCCUAUACAGUGCGGUUGCAUCAACUGCUUUAUUGUGUAUCUUGAACUCUAAACUUUAGAAUAUUUUGCAAAUAUAUCUACAUGUAAGGUUACAUUUUCCAUUUUUUGAGAAGAUCGUUCUUACCUCUCAUUCCCUUGUUGUCCCGGAAAAAGUUUACAAAGGAUUGGGCCUCGUUUAAAAAAACUUGUCGUCAAAACUUGCCGUUCUUGAACAAAUGAGCCCCCAGUCAAUCAAAUUCAGUGAUUUCAUUAGCUUAUAUAAGUCGAUGAUUAUAGUGACUUGUUAUUGAUACCAAGUUUCAUAAAACUGGACCCUGGUCCGUCUCACUGCCUCAGAUAUGAUCUUCGUCUACUUGAAAGUUUUAAUAUUAUCACUAAAUUGCUGCAUUAUCAUGAACUCAGGUGGCAGAAAGUGCAUCAUGUGAAAUCAACCAUAAAUACAUUUACAAAAGAAGAAGAAUUGUCGAUUCCAAGCUGUACCCACUCUCUUAUAUGUGCUCUGGACCCUGUCAUUAUUGAGAGUACGUGUUUAUCAAGCCUUCUAGGGGAAAAUAUAAGCUUCGAUGAUUACUCUGCUUUUGGUUUAGUGGUUCAUUCACUGGACUCUCAAUCCAAGGGCCCAGGGUUCAAAUCCCAACCUAGGACUAAGGUCUGUUGUCAAGACAUCAAUCCACCUGUACAUGGGUAAAAAUAUGUUGUUGGAUUUAGAUACCACGCAUUUAUUUCCUCAAUCAAGUCUGCAAAGCAGCUUUAAUACUAUACUGGGAGGAUAUUUCAACAUAACUGUACCGAUUUUCUUUGAAGUUUUUCCUGUUGUUAAAAAAUAGAGCUGAACAAAAUGUAGGGAUUAAAGUUUGUUGAUAAUAGGGGUGUUGGCGUGUUGCCCAUUUUUGUUGUUCUUCAAAUAUUUGUGUUAACUCUAUCGAUAGUAUUUAUGAAACUCCUUUGUAUAGGAAGAUACGGGAGAGCGUCGCAUCCAUACAUUAAUCAGACCAGGAGGAAGAAAUGCCUUUUUGCCCUGGUUAACUUAGUUUUUAAUUGUAUCAUUUUGUCAUCUAGAACCUCAAACCCGUGUGUGCUUAUAUUUGAUGUUAAAGUUGUUCAGUGUGCCCUCCAACUACCGGUAUUACUAACAGUUAUUUUAAGCCUCCCUCUCUCUCUCUCCUCUCCCUCUCUCUCUCUCUCUUUCUCUCUUCGACUCUCUCCUUUCUUUCCCCCUCUCUCUCUUUCUUUCCUUCUUUCUCUCUCCUUCCCCCUCUCUCUCUUCCUUUAUCAUCACUCUAUCCUUUUCUAUUUCCAUACUUGCUUGUUUUCUAUGGCAGUAUAAGACGAAAUUAAAUAUUGUGUGCAUGUGAGUGCAUUUAUAUGAUAUGGAAAUCAUAGUUAUUGUGAAAGUGAUACUUGGUAACUUUCCAAAUGAUGUGUAUACUUCAGGUCUUGUAAUACAUGUGCUCAACUUAUUCAUUACGAUCACCGUCGUCAAACGAAGAGUUGCCAAUAAGAGAAUAAGCUUGGCGGAGACGAAAAACAAAAUCGAUGAUGGUUUAUUUAUAUUGUUACGACUGUAAAUAUCUGCAAAUAUUUGAAGAACAUUCUGUUAGGAUGUGAUGGAGAGAUGCCGAGAGCUGCGGUCCUCACCAGUUAUCUUUUGAAAUUCAUGGGAAUCGGGGGGAGGAUUAUUGUGUGUUUGUUGAAAUGUAGAUAUUUAGGUUCUCCUCUUGAUGUUAUAAUGUACAGGCUGACUACGAUGAAGUGUGACUUCCCUUGUCGAUCCUAACAUGUAGAAAGAAACGACAGGGAGUCUGUGUGGAGAUAGAGGGCGCUGUUCUCUCCCUCAUAUUUCUUUUCUAUUUUGCUGUGUUUAAUAUGCAAUAGAUGUCGAUUGUCGAGAUUGAAUAUCAAGCUUCUGUUGAACCCGUGAAGUCAAGUAUCGUUGCGCUCUCUCGGCGGGCGCAAAGCGAACGACCGUGUGACGUGUAGAGUAGUAGGCCUGCGUAUGGACAACAUUUAAGCUGAUUUUGAUAUAUUAUGAAUAAACUUCAGACAGGUACGAAGGUCACCUAUA